AUGAGUGAUACACCUAGAUCAAAAAAAUCAAAGGCAAUGGGAAAACAACCCGAUCUUCGACAAUUUAUAUUCAAGAAAAUGAAAUCUCAAGAUAAUUCAUGUUCUUCAACGCCACCGUUAGAUAGUGGUACUCCAUCAUCUAAUGCUAGUGCAUCUCCAUCUUAUGAUUCUCCUCAAAUUAACGAAAAUGAUAUGAAUUUGGGUGGUUCAAAUACGGAUAAUGUGCCAUUAGAGAAUGAAGAGUUGUAUCGAGAAAGAUCGGCAUUUUGUUUUGUUUGUUACUUGUUUAAGAAUGAUAUUGAAGUUAAUGGGAGGAGAUGCAUUUGUAGAUGGAGGAUUCAGAUAAGAAGAAAAAAAUCAAUCAUUGAAACUUUUGACAAUGUAAGUGAUGUGAUUGAAAGUGAGUAUGAAACUCGCUUGAGAGUUUCGAUUUCUUGUUUGUCUUAUCUAUUGCGGCAAGGGUUGGCAUUUCGUGGACAUAAAGAAGAUGAAGAAUCUCUUAAUAGGGGAAAUUUCAUUGAGCUUUUGAAAUGGUUAAAGUCACAUAAUGAAGUUGUUUCAAAGCGGAUUAUAGAGGAAAUUGGUGAUGAUUACUUUGCUAUCUUGGCCGAUGAAUCUAGUGAUGUAUCCCAAAAGGAACAAUUAGCUCUUUGUUUGCGUUAUGUUGAAAAGAAAAUGGGAAAGGUAGUAGAGCGAUUUCUUGGACUUGUUCAUGUUGAGGAUACCACCGCUAUGUCUCUUAGAAGUGCAAUUAUAUCUUUGCUUGUUGAUCAUUCAUUAAAUCCUUCUAAGAUUCGAGGGCAAGGUUAUGAUGGGGCUAGUAAUAUGAAAGGUAAGAUAAAUGGCCUCGAGACUUUGAUUGUGGAUGAUACUCCAAAUGCAUACUAUGUUCAUUGUUUUGCUCAUCAACUUCAAUUAACUCUUGUUGCCAUUGCUAAAAAGAAUAAUGAGUGUGGUUGGCUUUUGAUAAAGAGAAAUAUUCGAGACAUCCAAGCUCAAAAUGUUGCUCGAUCCUUAGAAAUGGGUGAACUUGAAAUGGGAUCGGGGUUAAAUCAAGAACUUGGUUUGAAAAGACCCGGUGACACUCGUUGGGGUUCCCACUACAAAACUCUACAAAAUGUCAUGAACUUGUUUCCUACACUUGUUGAUGUACUUGUGAUGAUUGGAAAAAAUGGUUCAAAUGCGGAUGAUAAGGCAAAAGCUCAAGGUGUUGUGCUCUUACUAGAAUCGUUUGAUUUUUUUUAUAAAAGAUCAAGACAUUGUUACCUCUUUUGCAAUAAACAUGCCAUUGUUGUUCCCAACAUGGAGGAUAAUUACAUUCCUCAAGGAAGAUCAAGACGUUUUGUUAAAGAAGCGACAUAUCUUCAUCAUUUUCGGGUGGAAGUGUUUAUAGGAGUAAUUGAUCUACAACUUCAAGAACUUAACAAUUGUUUUGAUGUGGUUAAUAUGGAGUUGCUUAAAUGCAUGACUUACUUAUGUCCCAAAGAUGGAUUCUCUUCUUUCAACAAGGAAAAGGUACUUAAACUUGCCACUCUUUAUCCUUCCGAAUUUACAACUAAUGAUUUAGAUACUCUUGAUUGUCAACUUGAUAUAUUCAUGGAAGAUAUGCAAGAUGAUAGUGGUGAAUUCCAAGGUGUCAAUGAUCUUUCUUCCCUUGCAAUAAAGUUUGUUGAAACAAAUAGAAAUGAAGCUUAUCCACUUGUAUUUUUGCUCAUCAAGUUGAUGUUGAUUCUUCCGGUUGCUACGGCAAGUGUGGAAAGAGUGUUUUCGGGAAUGACUUACAUAAAAAGUAAGUUGCGAAAUAGCAUGGGUCAUCAAUUUUUGAAUGAUUGUUUGGUUACUUUUCUUGAAAAAGAAGUGUUUCUUCAAGUUUCCAAUGAUGAUAUUAUUGAUCGUUUCCAAAAGAUGAAGACCCGUCGAAUGCACUUGUAAAUUUUUUUUAUUUUUGUUUAUGUAAUUUUUUCUUAGUUUGGAAUGUAUGAUAAUGAAUAUUAGACAAUGUGCGUUUGCGUUGUACAAUUUUCAAUAUUGAAUAUCCUUUGUCUUUUUUUGUGAUCCCUCCAUUUUGAAAUCCUGGCUCCGCCACUGCCUUCCGGCCACCAUGUUUAACGCCGACAACAACCGUCCUCCACCCUCAUCUUCUUCUUUUGAGGAGGAUUUUAGGAAAAUAAGACUCUACUUAUUUCUUAUAGCCGAUUUCUUUUUCCUCCUCAUGACAUUAAUGAUAUAUCUCCUAAUACAUAAGUAGGAGACAAAAAAAAAAAAAACCCCCCCCCCGGGGAAGAAUGACAGAAAAACGCACAUAAAUAUCAAUUUUUUUUAUGUCUUUAAGUGCAUUUUAGGAAUUUUUUUUGUUUAUUCACUUGUUGUAUUUUGUUUCUAUUUUUGGUAAUUUUUUUGUUUUUUUUUUGCUUCAUUAAUAUUGUACGCUAUUUUUGUUUAUUUUGUUUGUAUUAUUUAUGUAUAAUUUUGAUGAUAUAAAUCAGGGGGAGAUAAUAUAUAUAUAUAUUAUAUAUAUGUGUG